GCCGAGAGAUGAUGGAAUGUUCAUCUGUAUAUUUUGUGUUCGUUCCUGUACUCAAACAGACCGACCCUGAAAACAACGAUUACAGAAUUGAAAGUGGUGCAACGAGAAACUUUCAGGUGUUAGAGAACCCAAAAAGGGGCCUAAAAGAUGGAGAUGGAACUUCUAGAGAACCUGCAGGAGCAGAAGGAGCUGAAUCAGCGACAGGCUCGGGUGGAUUUGAGUCCAUGCUGCAGCAGUCCAGUGAGCUGGAGAAGAGACGGAAGGAACAGGAGCAGGAGGAGGAUGAGAGAGAACUUCAAGAAAUGCUGGAGAUGGCGCGGACGAAAAGGCUGAAGGAUUCGGAGUCAGAUUCAAACUCGGACUCUGAUCAGGAGCAAGAAAACAUGAAAAAGAUGCUUAAAACUCUUAAAAGGCUUGUGCUUAUGAGAAAUCCACAGACAUCCUGACUGCAGGCACAGAAACAUAUACAAAGAUGCAAAACCUGCAGAAGGAACCGCCACCGCGCUCAGCCUGCUACAAGAAUAUGAAAGCAGCGACUCCGACUAGUCCUGUCAUG